UCAGUAAGGGGUCCGGGUGGGGAGGCAUCAAGAUAAAAGGCAGCCAGGCUCCUUCUCCCUGGAGAUGUGUUGCCUGUAAACCUCAAUCUGUUCCAUUAAUCCUUUUCUGCUGCUCCACCCCCACAACUCCUCCUGUUGACCAGUGUCCUGGGCCUUUAAGAUAGGCUGGACCGAGGAAAGCGCUCACACCUCUCCCCACCCUACUCAUUCUCCUUGGCUGUAAGUCUGCCAGUUACAGCAGCAAACUGCAGCCGGAGGGUGGAAGCAGUCAAGUGGAAAGGAGAAAAGGAGCCAGGCUGAGUCUUCUCAUUUUCAGCGAGGAGCAUUUCCGAGCUCUGGAGGUGUCGUUUCCAGACACCGGACUGCUAUCCUACCCACGGUGACUCUGGCACUAGCUGGUGGAACAGUGGGCGAUGGCAUCUCAGAUUCAAGAGCGGCUGACCACUGAUCAGGACCUGCUACUGAUGCAAGAAGGUACAAUGUUGCGCAAGGUGAGGACCAAGACCUGGAAGAAGCCAAGAUACUUCAGACUUCAGAAUGACGGCAUGACAGUCUGGCAUGCUCGGCAAGCUGACGGCAUAGCCAAGCCCACUUUUUCAAUCUCUGAUGUGGAGACCAUCCGUAAGGGACAUGACUCUGAGCUGCUGCGCUAUCUGAUGGAAGAGUUUCCCCUGGAGCAAGGCUUCACCAUUGUCUUCCAUGGUCGCCGCCCCAACCUGGACCUUGUGGCCAACAGUGUUGAAGAGGCCCAGAUGUGGAUGCGAGGACUCCAGCUGUUGGUGGAUCUUGUCGCCAGCAUGAACAGCCAGGAGCAACUGGAGCAAUGGGUGAGAGACUGGUUCAACCAAGGAGACAGAAACCAGGAUGGCCGGAUGAAUUUUCAAGAAACACAACGGCUGCUGCUUCUGAUGAAUGUGGAAAUGGAUGAAGACUAUGCCUACAGUCUUUUUCAGGAAGCAGAUGUUUCCCAGUCUGAUACUCUAGAAGGGGAAGAAUUUGUACAGUUCUAUAAGGCACUGACUAAGCGCACUGAGGUCGAGGAACUAUUCACAAACUUCUCAUCUGAUGGACAGAAGCUGACCUUGCUGGAAUUUGUGGAUUUCCUUAGAGAGGAGCAGAAAGAAAAAGACCAUGCCGCCGACCUUGCUCUGGAAUUCAUAGACCGCUAUGAGCCUUCUGAGAAUGGCAGAUUGCUGCAUGUGCUGAGCAAGGAUGGCUUCCUCAGCUACCUCUGUUCAAAGGAUGGAAGCAUCUUCAAUCAAGACUACCUCCCUAUCUACCAGGACAUGACUCAGCCUCUGAAUCACUACUACAUUAACUCCUCUCAUAACACCUACCUGCUGAGAAACCAGCUCUGUGGCCAGAGCAGCGUUGAAGGAUACAUACGGGCCUUGAGGCGGGGAUGCCGCUGUGUGGAGGUGGAUGUGUGGGAUGGACCUGAUGGGGAGCCCAUUGUUUACCAUGGACAUACUCUGACCUCUCGUAUCCUGUUCAAAGAUGUCGUGGCAACACUAGCACAAUAUGCUUUCCAGUUAUCGGACUACCCACUCAUCUUGUCUCUGGAGAACCACUGUACCUGGGAUCAGCAGCGCACCUUGGCAAAGCAUCUGACUGAGAUCCUGGGAGAGCAGCUGCUGAGCACCACCCUAGAGGAGCUGGUGGUGGACAAGCUGCCAUCGCCAGAGCAGCUUCGGGGGAAGAUCUUGGUAAAAGGAAAGAAAUUAAGUAUAAUUGAGGAUACUGAAGUUGAAGAAGAAGAAGAAGAAGGGCUGGAGAAAGAUCAAGACUCAGAUAUGGACUCAGACACUUUUUCCGUGUUGAAUGUCCAGCCUGAGCGUGAGUCCCAGGAGCUGCCCCUUGGAAUUAAGGACAAAAAGAAGGUUGUGACGUGUCCGAUGACUUUUCUGAAUAUCUGUGGUCAUGUAUUGGUUCGGCAGGCUAGUUCCAUUUUUGAGUCCGUUCUGUUGUCCAACCAGUUUUAUCUGAAUUCCAGGACCAUCUUGUGCCCAGAUCUGUCUGCCCUGGUUGUCUACAUGAGGACUGUUCCCUUCUUCAGCUUCACUCAUUCCAAAGAAAACUACCACAUCUAUGAUGUUUCAUCCUUCUCUGAGACAAAGGCCAAGCACCUCAUCAGGGAGGCAGGCAACGAGUUUGUACAGCACAAUGCCAGGCAAUUAUGCCGUGUGUAUCCCAGUGCUCUGAGGACAGAUUCAUCCAACUUUAAACCCCAGGAAUUCUGGAAUGCAGGCUGCCAGAUGGUGGCUAUGAAUAUGCAGACUGCAGGGUGUGCCAUGGAUAUCUGUGAUGGGUUCUUCCGUCAGAAUGGUGGCUCUGGCUAUGUGCUGAAGCCAGAAUUCCUUCAAGAUAUCCAGAGUUCCUUCAAUCCCCAGAGGCCCAUCAGUCUUUUUAAGGCCAAGAUCCUCUUAGUCCAGGUGAUCAGUGGUCAAAGACUCCCCAAAGUGGACAAAACCAAAGAGAACUCCGUUGUGGAUCCACUGGUGAAAGUAGAGGUCUUUGGUAUUCCUGAAGACACAGCGAAGCAAGAGACCAACUAUGUGGAGAACAAUGGUUUUAAUCCAUACUGGGGGGAGACAUUCUGUUUCCGGGUCCAGGUGCCUGAACUUGUUAUGCUGCGUUUUGUGGUAAAGGAUUAUAACUGGACAUCCCGAAAUAAAUUUAUUGGUCAAUACACCCUGCCUUGGACCUGUGUGAAACAAGGUGAGACAGUCCUUAGAUGCCUGGCCAAUAUUUCAACUCUGGUUCUCUUCCUAAUCCAGUCCUUCUGCCCGUUUCCAGGUUACCGACACAUAUCCUUGCUCACUAAAGAUGGCACCAGCCUCCAACCAGCUUCCAUCUUUGUGUACAUCUGCAUGCAGGAAGACCUAGAGGUGGAUGAAUCCUGAGAGGCAACAAAGGGACCAAUCAAGGAUCAAAGUUUCCAAGCAAAGGUUGGAGAAGAAUGCCUAACCCCAGAACUAUGACUCUCCAGAGAACCGUACACAGCCCUGAACUCCCGCUGGACUGCUGCUCCUUAGCUGGUC